UGGAACGGGCUGGACCGCCCCCCACGCCCCACUUUCUCCCCAUCCACCCAGUGCCUUGGUGACAACAGAGACCACCCCCCACCCCGUAGGAAAAUGCCCUGGACCCUCUUGGGACCCUUCAUUAAAUCAGUUUCCCCUCUGGAUCCAACCUGCUGGCCUGGGCAAACCCAUCUGAGCCUCCUGAGCAGCUAGGAUUACAGGCGUGAGCCACUGGGGGCUCCGCUGGCCUUGGUCUUUUGCUGGUGAAGAAGCCACAGUCGUGGACUAACGGUUACACACUCCCUGCAGCGCUAGUAGAAUCCAAAUGUGGCCUCAUCACAUUCUCCUAGUGAGGUUCGUCGCCUGAGAAGAGAGCAUGGCUUGCCACUGGCCAUGAGCAACAUGGCUGCGGGUGGUGGCCGGGCCUUUGCUUGGCAGGUGCUUCCUCCCAUGCCUACUUGCCGUGUCUAUGGUACAGUGGCCCACCAAGAUGGACACCUGUUGGUGUUGGGGGGCUGUGGCCGGGCUGGAUUACCUCUGGACACUGCCGAGACUUUGGACAUGGCCUCACACACAUGGCUGGCGUUGGCACCCCUGCCCACUGCCCGGGCUGGUGCGGCCGCUGUGGUUCUGGGGAAGCAGGUGCUCAUGGUGGGCGGGGUGGAUGAGCUCCAGAGCCCAGUAGCUGCGGUGGAAGCCUACCUGGCCGAUGAAGGCCGCUGGGAGCGUCGGGCUACCCUGCCUCAAGCAGCCAUGGGAGUGGCCACGGUGGAGAGAGAUGGUUUGGUGUAUGCUCUAGGGGGAAUGGGCCCUGACACAGCUCCCCAGGCCCAGGUACGAGUCUAUGAACCCCGCCGAGACUGCUGGCUUUCGCUCCCCUCCAUGCCCACUCCCUGCUACGGGGCCUCUACCUUCCUGCAUGGGAACAAGAUCUAUGUCCUGGGAGGCCGCCAAGGCAAGCUCCCAGUGACUGCUUUCGAAGCUUUUGAUUUGGAGGCCCGUACCUGGACCCGACAUCCAAGCCUGCCCAGCCGCCGGGCCUUCGCUGGCUGUGCCAUGGCUGAAGACAAUGUGUUCAGCUUGGGGGGUCUGCAGCAGCCCGGGCCCCACAAUUUCUACUCUCGUCCACAUUUUGUCAACACUGUGGAGAUGUUUGAUCUGGAGCAUGGAUCCUGGACCAAACUUCCCCGUAGUCUACGCAUGAGGGAUAAGAGAGCUGAUUUUGUGGUUGGCUCCCUUGGGGGCCACAUCGUGGCUAUUGGGGGCCUUGGGAAUCAGCCAUGCCCUCUGGGCUCUGCAGAGAGCUUCAGUCUUGCCCGAAGGCGCUGGGAGGCACUGCCUGCUAUGCCCACAGCCCGCUGCUCCUGUUCUAGCCUCCAGGCUGGGUCCAGGCUGUUUGUGAUUGGCGGUGUGGCCCAGGGUCCCAGCCAAGCUGUAGAAGCACUAUGUCUGCGAGAUGGAGUCUGAAGGACUGGUGGGACCGGUUCAUUGGAGCAGCUCAGGGGAAGCAGGUGUCUGACUCCUUUUGUAGCGGAGGGAGCUCUCUGUGGCUGUGUGGGGGUGCAGGAAGCACUAGAGGUAGGCACUGAGGCACACAGCCUUCCGUGAUUGGGGUUGGAGAGCUUUUGUCAUUAGCAUAGUCUACUCACACUCCCUUUACCACCGUCUAGUCAUGAACCAUACCUAGCUCAGCUGUUCUCCUAGAAACUACUUAGACCCUCUAUCCAACUGGGAAGUGGGGAGAGAGGAAAGCUGGCCUUAAACCCUAUUCCCCGACCCCCCACAACACCCUAAUCAUACAGUUGAUGAGGCCUACCCCAGUGGCCAUUCCUGAAAAUUUUUCAACUGUUGACCCGCCUCGAGGGUCUUAGUAGAUCCAAUGAGUGUUCAGAGUAGUGGGGGACAGAGAUGAAUGGAAGACAGGAUGUGGGAAACUACCAGAGGGCCAGGGGAAUGCUGGCUUUGAGGCCUUCCACACUGAUGCUUUGUAUGACUUUGGGGCAAGUCAUUCUGUGUCUCAGUGUCCUCAUCUUUAUAAAUGGGGAUCUCUGAAACCUUCCUGCCCUACCUACCUCACGGGGCUGUUGUGAGGAACCAGGGAGUUUGGAUGUAGAAGUAAAAAUACUGCUAAAAUCUGA